AUGCCGUCAUUUGCCCAGUUUGCUAGUCUCCCGCUGGAGCUGCAGCGAGAGGUGUGGCAGGCCGUCCUCGACGAGCCGCCAGAGCCGAGCGUACACGUCUUCAGAUUCGAAGAUGCCAUGAGUGGUGACCCUGCAUCUGUCACGGUAGACAUCGAAUACAACGCGCUCAUGCACGUAUGCCACGAGUCUCGCAGCAUGGCUCGUAAGCAGCUUACAUUCCGGUGUGUCAAUGGCGGCGCCUGCUUCGGCCCGUACCGGGCAUUCCAUCUGGAAUUGGACGCUAUCUACGUCUCGGCCCGAGACUGGGUUGCCUUCUUCUGUGCGGAGUUCUUUGCCAGCUGGACCGAACCGCCAGCGAAUCUGCGCCACCUGGCCCUGGACGCUCGCGUAUUGGGAUCGUCACUCGGGAUAAGGAGAUUUAUCGAAUGUCUUUCGACACUCAGUGGGUUGCAAACAGUGUCGGUGGUGUUCUCUGAGGAGGGGUGGGUGCCGCGAGAUCAUGUGCCUACGGGCGCCCUGCAGUACCAGCUCGUAGAGUGCGCUCAGGGUGACUCAGUCUGGCAUGCGCCUCGCGGCCGGGUCAAGAGACAGGACAUGGAUCCCUGGGAAAUUACAAAGUUGUUUCGCGAAGAUAUCACGAACAGCUUCCGCCAAGAAAUCGCCGGUACGGGGAUCCCUGGCUGGGAAGACGCGCCUUACGACCGGAACACUGGAGAGUUUCUCUUCGACAUCGUCCCCAAGAGAAUCGUGCCUAAGCUUGAAGGCCGGAGACAUGGGUUCGACAACGAAGCGAGCUUGCUCUCGUCAAUCAUUGGUGGCCUUCGAGGGCUGAUGCCAUCCUACUCAUGA